UGUGUUCCGGGCUUGGUGGAUGUGUUUCUUGAUCUUCAAGAUGGACGUGACACAAUUCAGUGUCGGCUACCUCAAAACAUAAGUUUCAUGUUGGUAGCAGUGGCUGUGCCUAUAGUCCCAGCACUGUGGAGGCUGAGACACUCUGGGCCUUUGCCCCUACCCCAGCUAUGGCUCCCGGGGCUCCCUCCUCCAGCCCUAGCCCUAUCCUGGCUGCCCUGCUCUUCUCUUCUUUGGUGCUGUCUCCAGCCCUGGCCAUUGUGGUUUACACGGACAGGGAAAUCUAUGGUGCCGUGGGCUCCCAGGUGACCCUGCACUGCUCCUUCUGGUCCAGUGAAUGGGUCUCAGAUGACAUCUCUUUUACCUGGCGCUACCAGCCUGAAGGGGGCCGAGAUGCCAUUUCGAUCUUCCACUAUGCCAAGGGACAACCUUACAUCGAUGAGGUGGGGACCUUCAAAGAGCGCAUCCAGUGGGUAGGGGACCCUCGCUGGAAGGAUGGCUCCAUUGUCAUACACAACCUAGACUACAGUGACAACGGCACUUUCACAUGUGAUGUCAAAAACCCACCGGACAUAGUGGGCAAGACCUCUCAGGUCACGCUCUAUGUCUUUGAAAAAGUGCCCACUAGGUAUGGGGUGGUGUUGGGAGCUGUGAUCGGGGGCAUCCUCGGGGUGGUGCUGUUGCUGCUGUUGCUCUUCUACCUGAUUCGGUACUGCUGGCUGCGCAGGCAGGCUGCCCUGCAGAGAAGGCUCAGUGCCAUGGAGAAGGGGAGAUUUCACAAAUCUUCGAAGGACUCCUCGAAGCGAGGGCGGCAGACGCCAGUGCUGUAUGCCAUGCUGGACCACAGCCGAAGCACCAAAGCUGCCAGUGAGAAGAAAUCAAAAGGGCUGGGGGAGUCUCGCAAGGAUAAGAAAUAGCGGUUAGCGGGCCGGGCGGGGGGUCGGGGGUCUGCGACGGAGUCCUCCAAAGGCUCUCAGGUGGUGGUCAUCGAGAUGGAGCUUCGCAAAGAUGAGCAGAGCUCGGAGCUCCGGCCUGCAGUCAAGUCCCCCAGUAGAACCAGCCUCAAGAACGCCCUCAAGAACAUGAUGGGCCUGGACUCGGACAAGUGACCGUCACAUCCAGGCCCUGUCAGAGCAGGGGACCUAGGCUCCUCUUUUUCCCAGGUCUAGGUGCUUUCCUCUUGCUCCUCAGCCCUGCCCUGCCCUUACCUCCCAAUGAGAUGUAAAGUUUCAUUCCAACCUUCCUUUCCAAGUCUGUACUCCUCCUUCGCCUUUACCCCUCGGCUUUCCGGGAGCCUAGGGACUAACCCUACUCCUCGCCUGCCCCAAGGGCUGUGUGUUUGGUGCCUGUCCCUCAGACACCGAGAAGAAAGGGACCUUGAUAGCCUCUGCCCAACUCCAGGCCACUUGGCCUUCCCAUCUCUUCCCCACCCCGCCCCCCAGCUGAUCCCCUGACUCCUUCCUGCUCUCCCCUUUCCUACCUUCUGGUGGCCCAGCUCCACACUCUGUCCUCGGGCUCAAAUCCACAUCGCGCAGAGCAGACUCUCCAUCAGGGUUUAUUUAGGUUGCUGAGUAUUUUUUAUUUGCCCAUCCAUUCUUUCGUUUGUUUACCUGAGCCCACGGCCCCAUGACCGAGGACCAAUGACGUCAUGUGGCUUUUGCAGUUCCCCACUCGUACUAAGUCUUUACUGGAGAGCCAGCCAGGCAAGCAGCGCAUGAUCGAUGCCCUCUGACCACCCCGGAGCACAGUUCUGGGACUCCGAGAUUUGGGGAAGGAAAGAAAAAAAAUGGAUCCUCACAGGUCAGGGGUGCAGUAGGGGGCUUUAAGAAAUGUCUUCAAAAUAAAUAAUCAGAACAGAAAAAGCCAACGAGAAUGGGAAGGAAAGGAAGUGGUUGCACCCCCGGGCACAGCGGACUGUUAGGACUUUUCUACAUUCUGUAUAUUUCUCCUACCAUCUCCAAAUGUCCUUAAAUGUUUAAUAAACACUGACAUUUCCAGAAGCUGC